AGAGAAGGGGCACUCGCUCUGCUGGCUGCUGAAGAUCUUGCCUUGCUCGCUCGUGAAGUUGCUCCGAAAGCACCUGUGGCAGUUAAACAAACUGGAAUUUUACUCUUUGGGCAUGGACGCAAAUCGUGCAGUGCGACACUUCGCUUGACUCCUAUGGUUUACCACCAUGGAAUUUAACUUUCCAGACGAGCCGAACAGACGAUGUCUGCACUGCGGCGAUCAAUGUCCAGGAUUUGCCCAGCACUUUUGGCGCAAAACCUGUCGCAACUGCAAGUGCCCUCGCGAAGACCACGCGCUGCCCUUGAUGCGAGGGGUGAUGGCGCCGCCGCCGCCUCCGUCACCACCCGUGGCGUCGACGGCGCCGCACCCCGGCGCGGCGCCACCCGUCGCAGUCGACCCGCACCGCCACUCGCAGAGCGACGACGACUCCGGCUGCGCCCUCGAGGAGUACACCUGGGUGCCCCCGGGGCUGCGUCCCGACCAGGUGCACCUCUACUUCUCGGCGCUACCAGAGGACAAAGUGCCCUACGUCAACUCGGUGGGCGAACGUUACCGUGUCCGGCAACUGCUGCAGCAAUUGCCGCCGCACGACUCGGAGGUGCGCUACUGCCACGGCCUGUCCGAGGAGGAAAAACGCGAGCUGCGACUUUUCUCGGCGCAGCGUAAGCGGGAAGCGUUGGGUCGCGGCUGUGUGCGCCAAGCGGCUUCGGGCGGCUCCUGCGGAUCCUGCUCGGAGCCUCUCGGACUCAGUGACAUGUGCGUCACGGCAUCGCGUGCUGGUCCGUCUGUCCAGUGGCAUCCCGCCUGCUUCACCUGUUGCGUGUGCAACGAGCUGCUCGUGGACCUGAUAUAUUUCCACCGCGAGGGCAAACUUUACUGCGGUCGCCAUCACGCCGAGACUCUAAAGCCGCGCUGCUCCGCUUGUGAUGAGAUCAUCUUAGCAGACGAGUGCACAGAAGCCGAGGGGCGCGCCUGGCACAUGAAGCACUUUGCCUGUUUUGAGUGCGACACCCAGCUCGGCGGCGAGCGCUACAUCAUGAGGGACGGCCGACCCUUUUGUUUGCGCUGCUUCGACAACUUGUUUGCCGAAUUCUGCGAAUCUUGUGGCGACGCGAUCGGAGUGGACCAAGGCCAGAUGAGCCACCAGGGCCAGCACUGGCACGCCACCGAGCUCUGCUUUUGCUGCCAGACGUGCCGCGUGUCGCUCCUCGGGCGGCCCUUCUUACCCAGAAGAGGCUCAAUUUUUUGCUCAGUGGGGUGUUCAAUGGCGAUGUCACCGUCGCCAACCAGAAAAGCUCCCUUGCCGCCGUGUCUCAAGAAGCCAAAAUCGCCGCCGGCUAUUGAAGAGCCGCCAAGUUUACCGCCAGAAGUGAUUGAGAGACUUUCUUCGGCCGCGCCACAAGGAAUCCUGAGAAAAUAUAGACCCAAAGAAGAGACUGAACCAUCAACGCCGCCUCCUGUGCCGUCAUCGAGUCCACCCACAACUUCACCUCCCAGGUCUCCAGUCAACAGUAGUCCACCACCAAGUCCCCAGCUACAGCCACCCUCUCCCUCCCUGCCACCCCCAAGUCCAUCUCAAAUGAGAUCACCUAAAAUGGGCAGAAGAGCUUUGCAGCCCCGAGCGCCCCAUGUGCCUCAGUUGGACCUUCUUGGUGCAACUGCCCUGCCGCAGAGAUGCGAAGUUGCUCUGCAGACGGACGAGUCCGCCUUGUCUCCAUGGACCCCUUCACCAGCUGGUUUGGACAGGAUGGUCCUGGAGAGAAAUUUGGAGCGUUUCUUGAAAUUAGGGCCGAGCACUUCGCAGCAGCCAAUGUUAAAAGACCUUGACAGGUGGUUAUCUCAAGCGCCUGAAUUGAGUGUUGAAACAAGAGUCGAAGUUCACCACGAAGUCAGUCCAGCCCGGAGAAGUGUGAGGUUUGACGAAAGUGUCAAAGAAGAACCUGAAGAACGAGAACGCCCUCCUCGACCGUCCAGAGCAAGCCGCCCUCGUCGGUACUCAUCUUCUUGCUCCUCGUCUAGCAGUUCGAGCAGCUCGGAAGAUGAAGCUGACUACAGUCUGCCCCCUAGAAAAGCUUAUGGUGGUGUUAGAAUCUCCUACGUCCCAAAUGAUGCCCUUGCAGUGGCUAGACACAAAAAUUCUCCACGCGAGGACAAAAACUGCCUCAUCUCUUGACCAAAUGUACAAAAUUUGCUAAUAUAUAUUUAAAAAUAUUUUCUAAGACAUAUGCCUGUGC